CUUAAAACCAUGACGCAUUAUCUGAAUCCCACCCUCCACCUUUCCUGCCGCUGGGAGCGAAUCUCUCUGCGUCGGCGGACAGUCGCCGCCGGUGAAGUUCCGGUUAGAUCAACUGAGCAACAAAGCAUCAGCCAUGGCUGAUCUGCAGACCCCUCUGCGACCAAAAAGGAAGAAAGACAUAGCAGACUAUUUAGUUAAAUUCCGAUGGAUACUCGUCAUCUUCAUCGUCCUUCCAAUUUCUGCCGCCAUCUCCUUCCUUAAUUACCUCGGUGAACUAAUCUCUGCAACGAAAUCAUAUAAAAAACGUGAAAAGGAACACGAAGAAAAUCUCAGAAAAGUUGUUAAUCGUCUGAAGCAAAGAAAUCCCAAGAAAGAUGGCCUUGUUUGCACAGCCAGAAAGCCAUAUAUAGCCGUUGGCAUGCGCAAUGUUGAUUAUAAACGUGCUCGACAUUUUGCCGUUGAUCUUUCAGCUUUUAAAAAUAUUCUCUGCAUUGACACUGAAAGAAUGGUUGCUAAGCUUGAACCUCUUGUCAAUAUGGGCCAAAUUACAAGAGCCACAGUUCCUAUGAAUCUAGCUCUUUCAGUCGUUGCAGAGUUUGAUGAUCUGACCGUUGGAGGUCUAAUCAAUGGGUAUGGCAUUGAAGGAAGCUCACAUAUCUAUGGUCUUUUCUCUGAUACUAUCGUUGCUUUAGAAGUAGUGCUUGCUGAUGGGAGUGUAGUUAGAGCCACAAAAGAUAAUGAGUACUCUGACUUAUUCUAUGCUAUUCCAUGGUCUCAAGGAACAAUUGGACUACUUGUUUCUGCAGAGAUUAAGCUUAUACCAAUCAAAGAGUAUAUGAAGUUAACUUAUAAACCUGCAAGAGGGAACUUGAAGGAACUUGCAAAGGCUUUUGCUGAUUCUUUUGCACCAACAAAUGGUGACCAAUCUAAGGUUCCAGAUUUUGUUGAGGGGAUGAUAUACAGUCCUACUGAGGCUGUGUUCAUGACUGGAGUUUAUGCUUCUAAGGAAGAGGCUAAGAAAAAAGGAAAUGUGAUAAACAAUUAUGGAUGGUGGUUUAAGCCCUGGUUCUACCAAUAUGCGCAGAAAGCAUUGGAGAAGGGAGAGUUUAUUGAAUAUAUUCCGACGAGGGAGUAUUAUCAUAGGCACACCAGAUCUAUAUAUUGGGAGGGGAAGCUUAUAUUGCCAUUUGGGGAUCAGUGGUGGUUCAGAUGGCUUCUGGGUUGGAUGAUGCCUCCAAAGCUUUCGCUGCUUAAGAUCACACAAGUAGAAGCUAUUAGAAAUUACUAUCAUGAUAGGCAUGUGAUACAGGAUGUUUUGAUUCCUCUUUAUAAAGUUGGUGAUGCUCUUGAAUUUCUUCACCAAGAAAUGGAGGUUUAUCCCCUCUGGCUCUGCCCACACCGCCUGUUCAAAAAGCCAGUGAAAACCAUGAUCUUUCCAGAACCAGGCUUCGAGCUCCACCAUAGGCAGGGAGAUACGAGCUAUGCCCAAAUGUUUUCAGACAUUGGUGUCUACUACGCUCCAGGACCUGUCAUCAGAGGCGAGGAGUUCAAUGGAGUUGAGGCUGUUCAUCGGCUCGAACAGUGGUUGAUUGAAAAUCAUGGAUUCCAACCUCAGUAUUCAGUAUCUGAACUCAAUGAGAAGAACUUUUGGAGGAUGUUCGAUGGCUGCCUUUAUGAGAAAUGCCGUUUGAAAUAUGGGGCUGUGGGAACCUUCAUGAGUGUCUACUACAAGUCGAAGAAAGGUAGGAAGACUGAGAAGGAAGUUCAGGAAGCCGAGGCAGCUGUUCUAGAGCCUGCAUAUGCUGAAGAGACCGCACGAGUUUCUGAUGCUCAAUGAAGAAGAAUCUCAGAAUGCUGAACUUGUAUUAUUGUAUCCCGUUAUCUUCUUGUUUUUCUGGACUCUCCAGUGAAGUGGCCCAGUAAUCCUUUUUAUAUGUUUUCUGUUUUGAAACAUAUAUAAUUGCUAAGUGCAUAUUUCAUAGAUGUUGA